AUGAAAAGGCAGAGAACAGAAUUGGUGUAUUGUUCAGAUUUACCAGAUGAUUGUUGGGAACAUGUGUUCAGAUUUGUGAACGAAGAUGGCGAAGAAGAAGAAGACAACAACCGUAGGCACUACUUGAACUCAAUCUCCCUGGUCUCAAAACAGUUCCUCUCUAUAAGCAACCGUCACAAAUUGUGUCUUAGAAUAUGUCAUCCAACCCUCCCUUUCCUCCAUCGCCUCCUCCAUAGAUUCACCAACCUCACCACCCUCGACCUCUCCCACUUAGAUGUUCAACUCAACGAUCUCCUCAUCCAAAUCUCUACUUUUCCUUUCGACCAACUCACAUCUCUCAAUAUCUCCAACCAAUCCUCACUUCCCGCAAUUGGCUUGCAAGCUUUUUCCUCUACAGUUACAUCUUUAACCUCUCUCACAGCCUCCAACUUAGGCGUUUUCGAUAUCAUUCAUGAUUUCAAACUUAUCUCCGAUUGUUUUCCUUUCCUCCAUCAACUCGAUCUCAGUAACCCCGGAAAAAUCAUCGGCUGUAAAUCUCUUCUAACAAUUCCCUUUGCACUUUUCAAACUCCGCAAGGUAAAUCUCUCUGAUCAUGGCUACAUCAACGACCAGUUUGUUUUCUAUUUAUUUAAGAACUGUAACUUUCUCCAAGAAGCCAUCAUGUUAGGCUGUUAUCGCAUAACUAACCAUGGUAUUGCUUCUGCUCUCCCUCACACACCCAACUUGAGGUCUUUAUUCCUUACUCCUUCAUUAUCCAUGUCCCAAAAAUAUCCAAUGUCUGUUACUUCCAAUUUGAUUCACUCAUUCACCAUUUUAAAGGCAUUGACUUGUCUUGAUUUGUCCUCUUGGUGUAUCUCCGAUCACUUCCUCUCCUCUAUUGCAAACCAAAGCCUUCCUUUGACCAGGCUUAGCCUCGGAUAUUGCACCGGCUAUACUUAUACCGGAAUCUUAGCUUUCUUAUCCAAAUGUCUCUCUAUACAACAUUUGGAACUACAACAAUCCGCCGAUUUUCUCACUGAUCAUCAUGUUGCCGAGUUGUCUUCCUUUCUUCCUCAUUUGGUCUCUAUAAACCUUAGUUGUUGUAGAAAGCUCACAGAUUCCACCUUUUUUGCACUCAUUAGGAACUGUACUUCCCUUACUGAGAUCGUAAUGCAAUGCACGGGUAUUGCAGAAAAUACCGCCUCACAAAAGAACUCUAUGGAUUCCGUUGUUUACCCUCAAUUCAAGUCUCUCUGUUUGGCUUACAAUUCUUCGUUGGAAGAUGAUAAAAUCAUAAUGUUUGCUUCACUUUUCCCCAAUUUGCAACUUCUUGAUUUGAGUUGUUGCUAUGGCUAUCAAGCAUAA